UUUCUGAGUAGACAGCUGAAUGUCUUAAACUCUGGCCAGACUCCACUCCCCUCUUUUCAAAAGAGUGGAAGGGCUUCUGAUUCAGACAGACGAGACUUAGGAUUCUGCUGUGGCCACUUACCAGCGUCAUGACACCUCGGAACAUGGGACGAAACAUCAGGCUCUGAGAAAUAAAAAAAAAAAUCUGGCGGUCCAUUUUCAAAAGAUAGUAUUUAGCUUUAAAAUGUAAAAAGACUUGGGGUGUAAGAAAGGCAGCUGGAGGGGAAAGCGGGAUGGAGAGUUAACACUCAGUGUAAAGAUUUACAGCCCUUUGACAGAUGAAUAAAAAGGGCCCUACCUGACCAACAGACAGAAACUGUAUCUAUGCCAAAAGGUACUGGAUCCAGGGAGACGUUGCUGUCACAAGAGAACAAAGGAAGGUGGGGAUAACUAAAGGUGUAUUUCUUUUAAGUAACCCAGUAGGAGAUACUAAAACCUGUCACAUUCAAGAAGAUUGUGCACCCCAUAGUACUCUGCCAAUGAGGAACUGGGGAGGAGUCUUGUGCUCUAGGAGAUAAAACAGUGGUUGUACCCAGUCUGGGGGUCUCUGGCCACCAGGCACCUGAUCUUGCUAGACUGUCAUUAAAUUAAAGCCUUACUUUUUUCUGUUCCUUAUGUAUCUUAGAUCAUGCUUUGGGCUUGGACAGGUGAACAUGUUUUCUCAUAAGACCUAGGCUGACCAUCUGACCCACCUGAAUGACAGAGGAACUCUACUUGAAAAGACAGAAAAAUUGGGGUCUUAGCUCAUUCAGAGAGAGAAAGAGGGUAGAGAGAGAGAGAGAGUCAAUUAGCCCCUCAUUGAACAAUUAGUCCAGUUGUUCAAGAUAUACCCCCCAUUUCUUAUCCUUUAAUAUUUGUGUGAUUUCAUAUUAUAUUCCUUCUAUAAAUCUCCCAGGAACACCACCCAGCAGACAGUUCUGUUCUUGAGGCCAAUCUAUCUUAAAAAGGACAUUUGGAGACCUGGAAUCUCUGAGUCUCUCUUCUCUCACCUGUAAAAUGAGAAUCAUAAUCAUAACUUCCUUGUAAUGUAUUACAAAGGUUGUAAAUAUCUAUGAUAAUGUAUGAAAAACUCCAAGUAGAGUUCUGGAAACACAAUAGUUGGGCAUUCGGUUCCUGUAAAUUUAUGCCUCACAGAGUAACUAACAAUUUAUUAAGAAUUACAAAUAACAUCUGAAUCCAUUCUGUGUCUGUCCAUUACUCUGUAAAAAGCCAUCUGGAGUCUUUCAAGUUUGGAGCAAGUGGACAUGAAGAUGUGUGGUGAGAGAGAAGAUUGAUGGCCAUUCUCUAGAAUUAAUGCCUGUUCAUUGAUCAUCUGAUCACAAUGAGACACAGACCUUUCUUACCUUUUGUGUACCCCUAGUUGACUCUUUGCACCUGCAUAAUUAAAGUUGUACACAGUCAACAUCAUUGUUCCUUUGACAACUCUAGAGAAAUAUGCAGCUUAUGUUUAUGUAUAUGUGUUGACCAGACUACAUAUAAUUAAGCAGGGAUAUGCACUGUGGUCUCUGGGUAUUGGUAAAAGACUUGAGAUUUGAUAAAAUAAUCAAACUCAUAUUCUCUUUCUUGAACUCAUAGCAUUGAACAAAAGACAACAGAAAUGUCCAAGUGAAUUUUUUUUUGUUUGUCAAUUAGCCAAAAUGAUCAAUCUUUAGUCUCUACCUCAAAUGUCUGCUUUCUAAAAGCUUCCUCUGAGUCUUCCAGUGAGGAUGCUCUUCCCUUGAUAAGCCAGGUAAUGACUCGUUUACCUGUUUGCCUUUCUCCCUCAAUAUACCCCGAGCUUCCCUUUAUGGGUAACAAUUGUAGAUAAUACUUAUUGAGUGUUCUCCCACCUGCCAGCCUCCAUGAGAGUUGCUUUGCAUAAUUUUUUCAUUUAUUUAUCAUAGUUCUAGAAGUGGUGCUGUUAUUCAUCUACAGACAAGAAAGCCAUGGCGAAAAAUAAUAACAUAUUAAGUCCUAGCUCACAUAGCUAGGAAGGAACAGGCCAAAGGCCAAAAUUACUGCCCCAAACUGCCCCUUAGCAUGGGCAGAGGCCAUCUCUGACUCAUCAGUUUGCCCCUAGACCCAGCUUAGUGCCUGACACAGGGAGGUUGUCAGUCGAUGCUGGUGGGUGUUGUAUGCAACAGAAAUGCUAGGGACAGCGAGCAGCUUUGCUGUGGCUGACUGUGUGUCUGUUUCUCUGCUACAAAUAGAAGGAGCAACUUGUAUCAGAUAGGAUCCUCUGGCCCUUGGCUCUGCCUGUCCUGCUUCAUUUCCCUGCUGAUUUACUCCUCUCCUCCCUAACUUCAGCAGGAAGAUUCAAAGUUGGAGUCUAGUGCAGACAAGGGAAAAGAGAACUCGGACCUGAGUGGGACUGAGAGAGGGGACACAUGGAAUGAGGGGAGGGAGUAUGUAAGGAAAUAUUUAACCUAAUGGAAACAAAAUGUUAUGUACAGUGGGCACAUUACAAAAUCGAGGGUUUUUUUGGGUUUUUUUUUGGCAUUACAGGUCCGUGUCCUUUGCUUUCUAACUUAACUUGGUCUGAGUAUAAGCUGAUAGGCGUGGCUUAAAAACCCAGAUCACGUGCAGAAUCCACUGGCACUCAAGCAAACAAAAUACCCUUGCAACCCAGAGGCUGUAUGUAGUGGUGCAGGGAAGACGUCUGCAGGUAUUCUUCAGUCUCCUGGACAGCAGAGAAGACAGAAAUAACAUGAGCACAGCAGGCAAAGUAAUAAAAUGCAAAGCAGCUGUGCUUUGGGAGGAAAAGAAACCCUUUUCCAUUGAAGAGGUGGAAGUUGCACCCCCUAAGGCCCAUGAAGUUCGCAUUAAGAUGGUGGCCACAGGAAUCUGCCGCUCAGAUGACCAUGUGGUCAGUGGAAGCUUCCAUUGGCCUCUUCCUGUGAUUUUAGGCCACGAGGCAGCUGGCAUCGUAGAGAGCGUUGGAGAAGGGGUGACUUCAGUAAAACCAGGUGAUAAAGUCAUCCCCCUCUUUAAUCCCCAGUGCGGAAAAUGCAAAGUUUGUAAACACCCAGAAGGCAAUGUCUGUUUGAAAAGCAGUUUACAACAACCCCAGGGGACCUUGAUAGAUGGCACCAGCAGGUUCACCUGCAGGGGGAAGCCAAUCAACCACUUCAUCCACACCAGCACCUUCUGCCAGUACACGGUGGUGGAUGAGAUGGCGGUGGUCAAAAUUGAUGCAGCGUCUCCGCUGGAGAAAGUUUGCCUCAUCGGCUGUGGAUUUACAACUGGUUAUGGCUCAGCAGUCAAAGUUGCCAAGGUCACCCAAGGUUCCACCUGUGCUGUGUUUGGCCUGGGAGGAGUUGGCCUGUCUGUUAUCAUGGGCUGUAAAGCAGCUGGAGCAUCAAGGAUCAUUGGAGUGGACAUCAACAAAAACAAAUUUGCAAAAGCCAAAGAAGUGGGUGCCACUGAGUGCAUCAACCCUCAAGACUACAACAAGCCCAUUGAGGAGGUGUUGAAGGAACUGAGUGACGGAGGUGUGGACUUUUCCUUUGAAGUCAUUGGUCGGCUGGACACCAUGCUUUCUGCCCUGUUAUGUUGUCAAAAUUCAUAUGGUGUAAGCGUCAUCGUAGGGGUACCUCCUGAUUCCCAAAAUAUCCCCAUGAAUCCUAUGCUGCUAUUGACUGGACGCAUCUGGAAAGGAGGAAUUUUUGGUGGUUUUAAGAGUAAAGAUUCUGUUCCCAAACUUGUGGCUGAUUUUAUGGCUAAGAAGUUUUCACUGGAUCCAUUAAUAACGAAUGUUUUACCUUUUGAAAAAAUAAAUGAAGGAUUUGAACUGCUUCGCUCUGGAAAGAGUAUCCGGACCAUCCUGACAUUUUGAGACCAUCCAGAUGCCUUGCCUUGGAGCAGUAUUCUGACUCCUCUCCAUAUCAUCAAGAGUACCAGCCAGAAAAACAUCACCAAUUCUGUUCCUUAGAGAUGGAAUCAAUAGAAUUACAAGCUUUCUCUGGAAAAUCAGAAAUUCCUGUGAAAUCAUUUUUUCAAGCAAAUGUUUAGAAUCCAAGUGAGUGUUAUUGAACAUUAGCAGGUGAUUGAGGCUAGUAAGCUUUUCAUCUUAAGCAUAUGACUUAUGCCAUCUUUCCUACUGAGGAAGGCUAUUUCUUGUGAGUUCUUAUAUAUAUAUUUUCUCUCUUUUUAACCAUCAGUCAUUUACACUAAGUGGAGGGGAUCUUCCACCUGUCCCCAGCAUAAACACAGCAGGCAAUUGUGCUUGAAGUCAUCUGUGUCUGUCUCUAUUUCCACUGUCUGUACUUUCCUUUCUGUAAAAUGUAUCAAAGUCAAGGUCAACACCAUAGCGUGGUAAAGGAUAGACUCAGGUUUAAAAAUGUAGAAUGUUCAGCACUUUUGAAUCCAGGGAAUUUCUUAGGAACUCAAAGGAAAUGUCACACAUUCUCAUACCAUGAUGGGAAAUGUUUUGUUUACUGCCAUUAUACUCUUUCUUUGCAGUGAAUAUGUAAUUUCUCUCUUAAAUAAAAUCAGGUAUUAUGUUUAUGUGAUAAAUGUGAGGUUUGAAUAGUAAAUGCGGAAAAUAAACUCUUCCUGGACCAUAUUUUAAAAGUCUGUGACUUAUAUUCAUGAAGGCCCUUUAUGGGCUAGACAGUUAAUGAUUACAACUGACUAAGGUGUCACUCUUUUUUGUUAAAAAUUAUGUGAUGACUAUUAAAGUCCAGGGGGCAUGGGAAUGCAGGCAACUGUGAACACAUCAUUUAAGAUGGUGACUUAGCAAUGGCAUAAACACCCCCAAGAAGUAUAUCUUCUAAGUAGAUAUAGAUACAGGUACAUACCUUCUUGCAAAAAUUGUUUUCUAUCUAGAACUUUUCUAUAAACAACCAUUACUUAAACCAAGUCUAUAAUCCUGGGAUUAAUUGAAUAUUUUGGAUAUGUUCAGACCCAUUUGUUGAUGCUUUCCCACUAGCAGAAGAAGAUCUACAUUAUGAGCUUUAUCUCCAGUAUUGUAUUCUAUUCUUAUUUUUAUUUAAAGGAUUGGUGGCUAUCUUCAAAAGUGUUAUUGCUAUAUCUAUGAUCUCUUUGAUUUUGUAAAAAGGACACUAGACUUAGAGCAAGACUACUUACUACUUACUCUGUGACCUUCAGAAAGUCACUCAAACUCUCUGAACCUGUUGAUUAUUUGAUUUAAUGAAAUUAUUCUAUCAAAUCAUUACAGCUUUACAGAGGAAGGGGGUGGGAGGGAAAAGGAGGCACAGGGGACUGAAAUGGAGCGAGUCAAAUUUUAUGCAUGUAUGGUUAUGUCAAAAUGAUACCAACCAUUAUGUAUAACUAUAAUGCAGUAAUAAAAACAUUUAAAAGUUUUCUUUUAAAGAUUAAAUGGCAUGAUGCUAGUGAAAAAAACCUUUAAAGUGUUGAAAUGCCAUGGAAAUGUAGAGAAUGUGUAUUUGCUUUGUCAGAGGAUAUAUUCAACAUCAAGGGAGCUUUCAGAAUGUACCAAAAAUAAUACAUUCUUAAGGAGACCACCUUU